GGGCAUGUUGACUAGCAAGAAAAAGUAUUUCAGUCUUGUCUCUGCUUGUUCGCUGGUUGCAGUAAAUGUGACAAGCGAGUUGUGGAGCACAACAUCAAAUGCAGACAGCUCCGGAAAAUGAAAGGUGUGUGUCCCUGCCAUAAGUAGCAGUGAUGGAUGGAGAAGCCCAAAGGCCGACUGUGUCAUGGGAGAAUGGUACCCUGGCUCCUGGGGACCGCCUUCGAACAGACAGGGCGGAAAGCCCCACACCAGGUCUGGUGGAGGGAACUGAACCAGGUGCCGGUCAGAAGAGUGCUAUGUUCGUCCAUGCACAGUCUUUCGAGGAUCUGACCGCUGAUGCUGAAGACGAGGUUCACAGAGAGGCUGAACUAGACAAAUCGGAAGACUGUGCAGAGGAACUCAAAGUGCUGGUGGGAGAGAAAACCAUAGAGGAGCAGCACAACAAUGACAUAACAUCAGAGAGUAGGGCUAAGGAGGAGGACGUGUGCAGUGAGGCAUGGAGGAGCCACAAAAAACACGUGUUUGUGCUGAGCGAGGCUGGAAAGCCAAUCUACACCCGCUAUGGCACGGAGGAGGCUCUGUCCAGCACCAUGGGAGUGAUGAUGGCCCUUGUAUCCGUCCUUGAGGCCGACAAGAACAUCAUUCGUUCCAUCCAUGCAGAUGGCUGUAAAGUGGUUUUCCUCACCAAGAGCCCUCUGGUCCUGGUGGGUGUGUCUCGAACCUGUCAGACAGACAAGGAGCUGCUGCGGGAGCUGCAGUACAUCUACUACCAGAUCGUCAGCCUGCUUACCCUCACGCAGCUCAACCACAUCUUCCAGCACAAGCAGAACUACGACCUGCGCCGCCUGUUGGCUGGCUCUGAGUACCUUACUGACAACCUGCUGCAUCGGCUGGACCGAGACCCCGGCCUGCUGCUGAGCGCUGUCACCUGCCUGCCUCUGGCCAGCUCUGCCAGGGACGUGGUCUCAUCAAGCCUGCAGGCCGCCAAAUCCAAAAGCCUGGUGUUCUCCAUCCUGGUGGCGGGUGACCGCCUGGUUACUCUGGUGAGGAAAAAGGACCAGUUCCUGCACCACAUAGACUUGCACCUGGUCUUCAACCUCGUCGGCUCCUCCUCGUCCUUUCGAGAAGGUGAAGGCUGGACGCCUAUCUGUCUGCCAAAGUUCAACACUGCAGGAUUUUUCCAUGCUCACAUUUCUUACCUAGAGCAUGCGUCUGAUGUCUGCCUCAUCCUGGUCUCAACUGACCGAGAGGACUUUUUUAACAUGUCUGACUGCAAGCAACGCUUCAUGGAGAGGUUGAGCAAGCGCAGUGCCUACCAGGCUCUGAAAGAGGCACUUAAAAGUCCCAGCUAUUCUGUGGACCAGGUCGGCAUCCCGGAGCUCAGGCACUUCCUCUACAAAUCAAAGAGCUCAGGGCUCUACACCAGUCCAGAGUUUCCUGAGGUGUACAAGUCUGAUGAAGAGCAGGAAAGGGUGAUGGGAUUGUACCAGGACCUCCACAGCUGCUUGCAUCAUCCAACCAGACCUCUCCGCACCUUCUACCGCUGCAGCGAAACUGAAAACCUGCUGGCAUGGGUGACAAGUGGCUUUGAGCUCUACCUCUGCUUCAGUCCGCUGGGGACCAAGGCUAUGGCUGUGUCUGCUGUCAACAAACUGCUGAAGUGGAUCAGGAAGGAGGAGGAUCGCCUCUUCAUCCUGAGUCCUCUCACAUACUGAGCCCUCGCUGCCGGCUGACCUCCUGAAACAAAAAGCAUCACCCUGAACCUCCACUGGUCUGGUGCUAACAACAUCUGCAGAUGAUGCAGUUCAGUGUUCACGAAUUAUUGUCCCCCUUUGCUUCCAGGUUGCUCUAAUCUAAUUGACAGAUAUGCGAUGAUGGAGAUUGUGCUAUAAAGGUAUGUUAAAACUAUAUUUUAUCUGGCUAGACUUUUAUAAAUUUGGAUAACAACAACAGAUGAAAGCAGCAUCAGCACCAUCAAUGACACAAUAACAACAUGAGCGGUGGUGUUUGUAUGCAGCUGAAGUUGUUUCAUAAAUGAUUAUUUUACUGUAACAGACCUAUUAUGCCUCUGAGAAUAUGAAAAAUACUGUCUUUGUUUUAUAGAUGCUCAGUUCUUAAGAAUCAAGAAUAAAAUUUGAAUUAAAAACUGGAAUUUUUGAGGACCUGCAGUAGAAUGUAUUCUCAUUUCAACAUAUGGGUUAACCACAUUCCUGUUGUGUUUUAUCUUUACACGAUGACCAAUAACUGUAAGAACCAUCAUCAUUUUACCUCGAUGCACUUUCUUUAUGCAAAACGCACUCCAAAAGAAAUGUGUUCAUGGGUAUGUUUACUGCUGUGAUUUGUUUAUGUUUACAUGUUUUGUUUAUGUCAAUGUAAAGGAAUCUUAAUUUCAGUCCAUUAAUCUUCCAGUGUCCAUUAGAAUUUUCCUUAAUUUGCCUUAACAUGCAUAUUAAUCAAGAAAAGUAUUGUAUGAGAUUUUACCUGCUUGUGUCUAAUCAUGAAGGUUCACUGUAUUUCACGGGAUCCUGCUUUGCUUCGGGAAUCCAAAGUUGCCAUGUCUGCCUCCACUAAUCAUGCCUUAACUAAUGGUCUUUGUACAAAGCCAGUGUGGCUGCUGCACAAUUCCAUAAUUAUUAGAUAGAAAUAAAAUUAUGGCUGAUAAUAAAACAGACUCCCUAUUA